AUGAUCCGAACCGCUCUUGCCCGCACCGCCGCCUCGGCUCCCCUGCGCGCCACGGGCUUCAAGGCCGCCGCGCCCCUCGUCGGCGCCCGCUCCAAGCACACCCUGCCCGACCUGCCCUACGACUAUGGCGCGCUUGAGCCCGCCAUCUCGGGCCAGAUCAUGGAGCUGCACCACAGCAAGCACCACCAGACCUACGUAAACGGCCUCAACACGGCCGAGGACCAGCUCUCCGAGGCGCUCCACAAGCGCGACGUCAAGGCCGCCAUCGCCGUCCAGAAGGCCAUCAACUUCAACGGCGGCGGCCACAUCAACCACACCCUCUUCUGGCAGAACCUCGCGCCCCCCAAGCAGGGCGGCGGCGAGCUCGCCGCCGGCCCGCUCAAGGACGCCAUCGACCGCGACUUUGGCAGCCUCGACGGCCUCAAGCAGAAGUUCAACGGCCAGAUCGCCGCCAUCCAGGGCAGCGGUUGGGGAUGGCUCGGCUACAACCCCACCACAAAGAAGCUCGACAUUGUCACCACCGCCAACCAGGACCCCCUGCUCUCCCACGUCCCUCUGAUCGGCGUCGACGCCUGGGAGCACGCCUUCUACCUCCAGUACCAGAACGUCAAGGCCGACUACUUCAAGGCCAUCUGGCAGGUCAUCAACUUCAAGGAGGCCGAGGCCAGGCUCAACAAGGCCCAGUGA